AUGAUCAUGAGGCUGUUUAUUAUACUUGCUUUCAGUACUCUCACUGUACUCUUGGGCGCGGGUUUUUCUGAUGAAGAGUCCAAGUUUUAUAGUAACGAUGACAGACAAGCAUUACUUGCGUUGAAGUCUCAAGUUUCUGAAAACAAAAGAGGAGCCUUGGCCUCGUGGAACCACUCGAUUCCGUUAUGCAAAUGGAAAGGUGUUACAUGUGGCCACAAACACAAAAGAGUAACUGGUUUAGACCUUGGAGGGUUGAAACUCGACGGGAUCAUCUCGCCUUCUAUCGGUAACCUUUCUUUUCUGAGAUCUCUUAAUCUUGAAGACAACUUUUUUAGUGGUACCAUCCCAGAAGAGGUGGGAAUGUUGUUUAGGCUUCAACAGUUGAACAUGAGCUAUAAUACUCUUGAAGGAGUGAUUCCAACAAGCCUCUAUAACUGCUCUAGAUUGGUUGUCCUUGAUUUAACGUUAAACCGUCUUGGACACCGUUUGCCUUUAGAGAUAGGAUCGUUAUCCAACCUUAAACUUUUGCUUCUUUCCAAAAACAAUAUUUCAGGGAAGUUUCCCAUAUCUAUAGGAAACCUAACAUCACUUAGUACCCUUUCCGUUUUAGAUAAUCAUAUUGAGGGAAAGGUUCCAGAUACAAUAGGUAAAUUGACCCAUCUAAUAAAACUCCAAAUUUCAGCAAACAAUCUCUCGGGUGUUUUCCCAUCAGUGAUCUACAACUUGUCCUCACUUGAGUCUUUAGCCAUUGCUGCCAAUCGUUUCUCUGGUAAUCUUAGGCCUGAUUUUGGAUAUAAGCUUACAAAACUUGAGAAGUUGCAUUUAGGAGGGAAUUCAUUUUCAGGAGAUGUUCCCAAAACAAUAUCCAAUAUCUCAGCCCUCACACACCUAGAGCUUUCGCAAAACCUUUUCACUGGAAACAUCCCCGUUAGUUUUGGAGCAUUACACAAUCUUCAAUAUCUAGGGCUUGCUCAAAAUUCUCUUGGAAACAACCUAGUGGGAGAUCUUGAGUUUCUAAGUGCGUUGGUGAACUGCACUCAUCUGCAAAUGUUGGAUGUUGGUUACAAUAGACUUGGAGGAGAAUUGCCAAUCCAUGUAGCCAAUCUUUCUAACGAGCUGGCAAAUAUAUAUUUGGGGGGAAAUCUCAUCACUGGAAGCAUUCCUCAUAACAUUGAGAAUCUCAUAAACCUACAAUCACUUGGCCUGGAAAACAAUAUGUUGACAGGACGAAUACCAACCUCUCUAGCGAAGAUUUCAGGGUUGAUAUCCUUGUAUUUGAACUCAAACAGAAUGUCAGGAGAGAUACCAUCGGAUAUCGGAAACAUGACUCGCUUAGAGUAUCUCAACUUGUUCAACAAUAGUUUUCAAGGAAGCAUUCCUCCGAGUCUUGGAAACUGCCGUUUUCUGUUAUACCUUCGGAUGGGAUCCAAUAGGUUAACGGUAGUAUACCUCAAGAGCUCAUGCAAUGUGAGUCUCUUGUCUACUUGUACGUGUUGA